AUUACUGAAAGGCAUUGUAUUUUUUACUAUAACUUUAGUAUAACUGCAUAGUAAGAAUAUAAAUUUCGUCCGAGUUUUUGGUGUUACUUUAACAAUAUUUCGUAAUGGUUUAAUGUAAUUAAAAAAAAGAAGUGUAUUCAGUAUUGUUAGAUCCAUUCCAAUGCAUAAUUUUUAAUUAAAUAAGUCAGCACCACUCCUCAGUAUAUCUAUUACUUACGCAGAUGACGUGUAUAUGAAGUGUAAUAUCAGUGCUUUGUAUCUUCUACAUCUACACAACAAUCAUGCAGCCACCACUUGUGAUAAAGCAAGGCACAACUACAGGACAAGUCAACAUGCAAUCUGGGAUGAUGACUGUACCAAUGACAGUUAACUCAAGCAUUUCAAAUACAAUUCCCAAUGUAAUGACUAUAAAUAAACCAGGAGGGCAAAAUGUAGUAGUGACAACACAAAAUGUAGGAUCAGGACAACAAUCCAUUAUUCCAAAUGUUCAGAUAAUUAAUACACGACCUGGAGCUCCAUCUGUUUCUGCUCAAAAGUCAGUUGCAACAGUCUCCCCGCGAGUUGUCAUUGGAACUCCACAAGUGGUGGGAACAAGAGCUGCUGUACCUGGUAUAACGCUGCAAACACUUCAAAGUCUACAACAGGGGCAGCAGGGUCAUUUGUUGUUAAAGACAGAGAAUGGUCAAUACCAGCUGCUGAGGGUGGGUCCGGCACCGGCUGGCAGCACCCUCACGGCACCUCAGCCACAGACCCUCCGGCUGUCAACCGUGCCGGCACACCCCGGCGUGGUAACGGCGUCGACGAGCGUCGCAGUGCCACAGAUGGCGGCGCAGCUCCCGGCGCCCGCUCCUUCCGCCCAGGCCACGUCCGCCCAGACCGCCCAUUCCGCAGCCCAGAGCGCUCCGCCGUCUUCGGCUCCGCAGGCCCCCGUCGUCACCACUCAGAAGCCCUUGGACAACACGAAGGAGAAGUGCCGAAACUUUCUGGCGAACCUGUUGGAUCUUUCGAGUAAGGAGCCCAAAUCGGUGGAGAGGAACGUGAGAAACCUCAUACAGGAGCUCAUCGAUGCUCAGGUGGAACCCGAGGAGUUCUGCGAUCGACUCGAGAGGCUCUUGAAUGCCAGUCCGCAGCCGUGCCUCAUAGGCUUCUUAAAGAAAAGCUUGCCCCUGCUGCGCCAGUCCAUGUGCACCAAGGAGCUGGUGAUCGAGGGCAUCAACCCCCCCUCCCCACUCGUAGCCUUCGCCCCGCCCGCUCAAGCUCAGACAACGCUCGUCACCAACGUACAAAUGCAAAAAGCGACGGCCAAACCCGGGGGCUCCAUAGCGGUGUUGCAGAACAUUCCACUCCAUACCAAGAUCAACGUGACGAAAGUCGGCAAAACAAUGACGGUGAACAGCAAAGCGAACUUCGCGAGGCCCGGGAAUCCCUCGGCGGCCCUCUCCACCGUCCUCACGCCCGGAAAAUCUCUGCUCAAGGACAAAGAGAAGAAGUCCACUCUGCAGUUCACCCAGCCAUUCGGCGACGACAAGAUGACCGGGGACGACGACAUCAACGACGUGGCGGCCAUGGGAGGCGUCAACCUGGCCGAGGAAACCCAGAGGAUUCUGGGUUCGACUGAACUCAUCGGCACUCAGAUAAGGUCCAUAAAGGACGAGUACUUGGUGCCGAUGGGCAUCAUGCAGAACCGGGUGAAGGCCGUCAUCGGAAAGCACGGCCUGGAAGACGCGUCGGCCGAAGUGAGCAGCCUCGUGUGUCACGCCGUGCACGAGAGGCUCAAGAGCCUGCUGGAGAAGCUGGCCGUCGUCGCCCAGCAGAGGAGCGAUCUCUUGAUCAAGACCGACUCCUGCUACGACGUCACCCAGGACGUGAAGGGUCAGUUGAAGUUCCUGGAGGAGCUGGACCGCGUGGACCGGAAGAGAAGGGAGGACUCCGAGAGAGAGAUUCUUCUCAGGGCCGCCAAGUCACGCUCCAAGAACGAGGAUCCGGAACAGGCCAAGUUGAAGGCCAAGGCGAAGGAAAUGCAGCGCGCCGAGCUGGAAGAGCUGCGGCAGCGAGAGGCCAACCUGACCGCUCUGCAGGCCAUCGGGCCCAGGAAGAAGGCCAGGCUCGACGGGCCGGCGGACAGCGGAGCCAGCGUCCCGGGGAACAACUCUUUCCCGGGUCGCAGUCAACUGGCCCUGAGGACUCGUCUGAAGCGCAUCAACCUGCGGGACAUGAUCUUUCUUCUGGAGCAAGAGCGAGACACGGCCUACACCACUCUUCUGUUCCGGAGCUACCUGAGAUAAGGAGCUUCCGCGAUGUCGGGGAAGGAAGCCGUUUCAUUCCGGAAAGCAUGACGAGUCGAGCACUCGGUUCCGGUUCAUAUUAUUGUAUUAAUGUACACUGCAUUGAGUCCAUUGUUCUCCCAUUUGACUAAUUGCGAAUUUCCCUCGUAGGCCGGAUCUCGUAAGAUCCGGCUACAGGAUCAGUGCGUUCAUCGGCUAUGUGCUAAAAACUAAAUUUUUAUUAGGAGAAUAUAUCUCCAAGUUUCCUAUCAAAAUUAUGUCGCUAGUAUUUUUAAUUGAUUUUUGUGAAAAAAAAAAUACGUUCAAUUGUUCUUUUAAACAAAAUAUCGUCUACAUGGCUGGACAAAUGAUUUUACGCGUCGACUCUCUUUCAGUCUACCUCCAGUAGUUUUUUCGAGAGGCAACUUGGUAGAUUAAUAUUCUCGUAAUUAUAAAUAUACAUUAAAAAUUGGUUUUUAGCAAAUAACCCCGUAACCGGAGCUCGUACAAAUGCUUGUCAAAAUGGUGACAUUGACAUGAGACAUUUAUUGCAGAAUAAAAAUGAUUCAAUUAAAAAUAAUAAAAAUACAUAAUUUGCUGUUGCUGCUGUUUAGCGAUCUCUUCUGUUUUUGUUUUGUUUUCAUUAAAAAAGGUCGUUCUAAACUGAAUACAGACAACUGAUGACAUGUCAUUAAACUUUCCUUAAUUUAGACGGAACGGAGACUGCGAUCGCUUAGUUCACUUCAAACAUUUUAUUCCGUAGGUUUAGGAACAUCUCGACGAACAAAGUGAUUGAAUCUUGUAAAUAAUAACUCAUAAUAUUUUAAUAAAAACUAACUCGA